AUGGGCGUAAGUUUAAUUGGUUUUUAUUUCAUUCUCCGAAGAUUUUCAGUUAUCUUUGCAAAGCGGAGCGCUGUUUAAACUCGAUUCUAUACAACGACAAGAAAAACAAGUCUUUCGAUGAGGUUUUGAAAUUUUUUUCGAUUUCAAAAAGUCGAUUUCAACGUCUUUUUUUUUUAGUUAUGGAGAAACAUGCCCCACAACAUUGACUACUGUUCAGCAAACGCUCAGAUAAGCUUACAAAAAUUUCCAGUUGAUGGAGGAUUUCACUAUUAUUAUAUUCGACAAAUGAAUGAGGUUAAAAAAAUAAAUAACCUUGGAUAAAAUAAUAUCUAGACCUACAAAAACGGAAACUGUAGGAUCUACCUCCAUAUGGACGAGAGAGAGAAGAAGCAGAUAUUACCAAAUUUACAGGUUUUUUUUUAAAUAAAAUCUCUUCGAAAUUCAAAAAAUAACAGAAAGAAUCAAAAGGCUGCGAAAUAAUGAACGGUUUCUCCACGCCCAGAAGUUAUACGUCGCAUGAAGGUUGAUUUAAAGAAAUAAUUUAGAGAAUUUAAAACCAUUUUUACAGAAGAAACCAGAGAGAUCGUAGAUCUUCUGAUCGUCAGAAGCACAGACUACCGUAUCCUGAUGUCACAUUUGGACGUGCUAGAGUUUCCAUCAACUGUCGACGUUUGUCAGGUUCAUUUUAGUUGUAUUGCGCUCUGAACUUCAGUAGUUAAGAAAAAAUUUUGCAAAAAAUUGAGGGAAGGUUUGUGAAUAUCCUGCUAAUUUUUCAUGUGCUUCCUUAAUGGACAAUUUCGAACAAAUAUCAAAGCAAAGAAACAUUUUUACUGUUCUUCUUAUUCAUGUAAGACUUUUUCGCUCAUAUAAAUCACGGCGUUCUGCGUAGUGGAAGAAAAUGUUAAAUUUUUGAAAAUGUGGAGCGGCUUGGAUUCCAAGCCGCUCCACAUUUUCAGUGUUCUAAAAUUCGACCGUUCGACCAAUUAGACCGUUCAACUGAUAUGACCGUUCAGUUUUUCGAACGGUUAUAACAUGUCAUUUUUCUGACCGUUCGUUUGACCGUCCAAUUUCUGAAAUUUACGAAACCGACCGACCAUUUUUGAAGUGACAUUUCGAACGUUCGAAAAAUGACCGACCAUUUUUGAAGUGACAUUUCGAACGUUCGAAAAAUGACCGACCAUUUUCAGAGUGACAUUUCGAACGUUCGAAAAAUGACCGACCAUUUUCAGAGUGACAUUUCGAACGUUCGAAAAAUGACCGACCAUUUUCAGAGUGACAUUUCGAACGUUCGAAAAAUGACCGACCAUUUUCAGAGUGGCAUUUCGAACGUUCGAAAAAUGACCGACCAUUUUCAGAGUGACAUUUCGAACGGUCAAAAAAUGACCGACCAUUUUUGAAGUGACAUUUCGAACGUUCGAAAAAUGACCGACGAUUUUGAGAGUGACAUUUCGAACGGUCAAAAACCAACAUGUCAUUCUGAAGUGACAUGUUGAAAUGUUGAAACUCCAACCGUUCGACCAAUGACCAUUUAUUAUGACAUGUUGAAAAAAUAUUGGUCGAACGGUCGGUCGAACGGUCAAUUUUCGAAACUAUAGCUUGGAAGGGUUGCUCCACCUAGAUUUACGGUAGACAGCUUGCGCGCGAACAUUUGAAUUUCUUGUUGCUCAAGUGCUUCACGUGAUUUUUCAUGUUUAUUUCAGCUGUAUCUUUAUCUGUUUUGUACUGAUUUACGGUAAUUAUUUUUUAUUGCGACAGCAAAAUGCGAAGGAACUUUUGAUCGAUUUUUUCCACGUCUAUAGUUUUGAAAAAACCCUAUUUUUCGAGGAAAAAAAUUAUUUUUGAAUUCAAUGAGUAUGCGAGUUAACGUCGUUCUGUGUAUGCACAAAAGACGUCAAAUAUUACGGAAAUUGUGGGAGGGGCGUCGUCAAAAGAACGCCGUGAAAUAGUCUAAUCAGAAUUAUGGAAGACUUUCGAACGCGAUUUGAACGCUCCUUUAAUCUCUAAAUUUCAGCUGAACAUCGUCUUCUCCUUGCCGAAAGCCGAGGAGGAACAAGAAUUCGUGGAGAUGAUCUACGCGCUGGCCAACGGCGGCAAGUACCUUCUCUACGGGGCUACCAGAGAUCGUCAAGAUCUCCGGAUGAACGUUUUCUUGCUCAACGUCCACACGCCCCACUGCCAACAGCUUUUCCUCCGCAAAUUCACAAUCGACUAA